AAAAUACAUACACAAGAGGAGACACAGAAUGCGCAUGCGCAAACAUUGUAGUUGUCAAACAGUGGUUAUGGGGAUGACAUGGGACUAACAAGUUGUUUUGUAUUUGGCACACAGGAGCAGGAUGCCACGUAAGAUAGGAUUCACUGUGAUCAGCUGGUCUGGUCAUGAGGAGAAUUACAGUGCCAGAGAGCUUAUGGUUCAUGCUCCUACCAUCAAUGGCUGGAGGUCUGACAGGUUCUGUCAGUUCCCACAGGAGAUCACACUACAGAUGGUGGAGAGAUGUCGCAUUAGGAAGCUGCAGCUGCUGGCUCAUCAGUACCUGAUCUCUUCCAAGGUGGAGUUCCACAUUGGGGACAGAGAACAGGCUUCUCCCCAGCGCCUUCAGCAGUUCCGCAGACUUGGGUACGUGUCACUGUCCACUAAUGAGAAGACGGGUUUCAGAGCACGAGAACUGAAGUCGGUGCAUGUAGAUGCCGUCGGGACGUAUCUAAAGCUUACCUUUCACAAAAACCAUGUCAAUCAGUACAACAUCUAUAACCAGGUCGCGUUGGUGGCUAUAAAUAUAUUAGGUGACCCUGUGGAGUGCAGUGAUAGCAGCCCAAUACCAAGCAGUGAUCAGCUGAUUGAUCAGUACAUUAGCGGCACACAGCACAGCUCAUCGCUGGAUGGCUCCUACGCAGGAUAUAAGCAUGAGUCUAUCUCGCCACUGGAUGAUUUGGCAUUUGACAUGUAUCAGGAUCCUGAGGUUGCCCAUAUCAUUCGCCUGCUGGAUGAUAAGAAACAAGAAAUGGUCCGAUUAGAGAGAUACCAUCUGGCUAAAAAGCUCAAACAGGCCAUAGCAGAUCUACAGAAGGUAGGGGAGUGUUUGGGCAGGUAUGAUGUGGAGAAGCACAGUGCCAUAGAGAGGGAAGACUAUGACACAGCCAAGCAGAAGAAAGAGCAGAUGGAUGCCUACAGGCUCAGAGUCUACCAGCAACUGGAGCUACAUGACCUGCUCGAUAUGGGUCAGAUCCAGAGAAUGACAGAAAACGUGUCUGACUGUAGUAUUCCUUCUCCAAGUAUUCGUCCACUCCAACAUUCCAUGCCUCUCUCUGAAACACCAAAGAAGAAGAAUCAGGAACAGUCUUUGGUGGAGGACAAGCAGAUUACACCUAAACCAACGAGCCAUGAACACACAAGUGCAGCAACACCACACACACCACCUCACUUUCCAAAGAUUGACGUCAGCUCCAUGCCAUAUGAUGAGAGGCCUCUACCAGCGUUGAGGAAGAGAUCGGAGAGUCAGCCGCAACCUCAGGCUGAACAAAUGCUUGCUCCAUUGGACCCAAGUAGCCCACGCAGUCCUGGAGUCACUGGAGAACCAGAACCAUUGUCAGAGAAAGCCCAGAGAGAAGCUGUUCUGCCCAUAGAGGUCUAUGGAGACAGUCUGGUGGCUGGAGCAUACUCAAAGACCUGGUCCUAUAGAGAAGAUUCUUUACUGGCAGUGUAUAAGAAGCUAGCAGAGGUUUCACCAGGAACCCCUAAAGCUGAACUGAUGAACAUGAUGAGAGCAGCAGUGUUCCUCUGCAAGAAAGCACUUACUGAUAAAGUGUCAUCAGUAUUCCAGGCAUCACUAAAGCUGCUAAGGAUGAUUCUGAAGGAGUUUGUGUCCUCUCACCAGCUGGGAAGAUCUGAGAUUAGUUACUGUGUAGAGCACAUCUGGCCAAGUCUUCUCUCGCGGACUGGCGAGUCCACAGUGAGACUCCGCACACUGGCCAUUGCUUUUAUUCAGGAGAUGGCUGUGUAUAAGGAGGUUCAUGCUCUGCAGCUCAUCCCCAUUGAGCUGGUAAAGCCCAUAAAGAGCAGCAUACCUGCACGUCUUGCUCUCAGCAGGCUCGAACUGCUGGAAAAGCUUCUGGAACAGCUUGGCACCAAUGACUCUGGCUUCACCCUUGACAACGUCAUGCGAUUUCUAGCAGGAGCACUGGAACAUUGUGCAGCGUCCGUGCGUGAGCUGGCUGUACGUAUCGUGCAGACGAUGUACCACCUCCACGGCCGUUCCAUACUGAGCUACCUGCCACCGGAUGAUCCCAGCACUCGCAAAAACAUCCUCUACAAACAUCUCUUCGACUCUUUUGCCAAGACAGACGGAAGACUUCCACAAUCACAGGUGAAGAAAGGAAGAGUACAGAAAGAGGGAGAGAAGGAGGAGCAGGAAAUCAAGAGCCUGCAGGAACAACUGGCUGUUCUGAAGGAGAUCAGUGAAAAGGGGAAGGAGAAGAACAAAACGCCAGAGAGAAAAACUGAGAAGCCACCUAAACCAGGUGUUAAAAAGGGAACACAUUCCAUCUGUACUGAUGGAAAAGGGGGCCAGUCCAUACCAAACUACCUAGACAAUCUUUGUAUAUUUUGUGGAGAGAAAGACAAGUCUUUCACCGAAGACGGUUUGGACCUGCACUACUGGAAACACUGUCCAAUGCUGUGUCGAUGCCUCCAGUGCAGACAGGUAGUAGAGAUCGCAAGCCUAACAGAGCACCUGCUCUCAGAGUGCGAACACAAAGCAGAUUUUACCCAGUGUCCUCACUGCUCUGAGGCCAUCAGCAGAAAUAAGCUGACUGAACAUGCUCAAAGCACAUCUUGCAAUCCUCUUCCAGAUAUUCUGGCCAAUGGAAACUGUAACCACUGUCCUUUGUGCCAUGAGAACUUCCCUCCAGGAGAGGAGGGCUGGAAGUUUCACCUCAUGGACAGCAGUGCUGGCUGUAAGCAGAACACGCGGAGGAUAGUGGCACUACAGCGAGCUAAGACACACACACAAGGGAAGACAAUCGGCGGAGCAGCAAUGAAGCCAGCAGCAGUAGAGUCUGUUGGGAAAGGCAGAAGUGGUGGCAGGAGCAGCAGUCGCAUCCCUGCACCAGCACCACGACCCAGUAGGACCAGUAAAGUAAAGCCCUAAACCAGAGUACCAUCCAAUGAACUUAAAUCCUCACUCAGCGGGGUCAGACAUGGUUAUAGGAGUACAGCACAUUUUUCUCCUAAUCAUAUCCAUAAGCAAUGCAGUGACAUGCAACAUAGGAAGAGAUUUAUCCUAAAUGAGAUAAAGUGGGUUUUUAGUCAGCUAUAUUUUGUUAUCUAAUGUUGUAUUUGUUUUUUCAAUUUUAGUGCAAUUGUGUGUGCACAUGUGUGAAGAUGUAUAAAUGAUGAUGUUUAAAUUAAGCACUUUUAUAUUUUUGAGUGGUUUUGACACUGUAGCUAGUUGAAAGUUAAAAAAAAACAAGUAGUCUUGAUGAAAGCACCCUGCUGUUGACGAAACUGUGCUCUAAUGUCACGUCAUUUGGCCAUGUCAUAACAGUCUCAGUGUUUGCAAAAGUAGAGUGUGAAAACAAUAGAGUGUGAAAACAAUAAUAAUUUGAGUCAUACACCUUUGAAACUUGACUUUUUAAUAGAAAAAUAAUCAGUUACUUGGGACUUAAUGUUGAAUUAGAACAUUUAAAUCCUGAGACUUUGUUAAAUUUUUUUUUUUUAAAGUUUUAAUUCUUCCAGGACUAAAAAAUAAUAACUACAGAUUUAAGACAUUUCACAUCAUGUAUACUACAGAUUAUAGUUUUACUAACUAAACCAAACAUGUAGUGCACAGGAUGUGAAAAUAUAGAAUGAUUUUCUGAAAUAUUAGAUUUCUUUAUAUCAGAUUUGAGCUGUAUUACAGUGAGGAGCACUCGGCAUAUGGCUAUCAUUCCUUAGGACUUGAGUUGAGAGUUAAAGGUGAAGGAUUCAAUCCCAUCUCUGCAAUCAAGUUGAAAAUGACAGUACUGAUAGAUUUUUUCCCAAAUAUAUAAAAUGUAAUAGAACCCCCACAUGAACAGAUAUUAACCAAAGCAGUGUCAGCAAAAACCAGACCUUUUUCAUAUUGAAAAAUAUGCCAUAUAUAUAAAUAUAUAUGACUGGAGUUUUCAAUGCUGUUAUUCUGAAAUGAGAGUCACACAGGAGCCUGCAGUGAUGGUGAAACGCUCAUGAAUAUUAUAAUAUCAACAUGAAAACAGUCUUUCAGUGUUCAAUACUUAAAGUCUUUCAGUAAAAAUGUACAUAUGAAUCAUUUUGCUGGGUUGAAGUGUCAUUGAUGGAAUAAAAAAUACUUUUAAAUAAACUUUGUGUUGAUAUUUUGUAAUCAAGGCAAUAAUUUUGCCUAAUUAGAACUGAGCAAGUAACAGGAAAAAUAUAGUAGUACAGUAGAAUACAUUGUAAACACAUAACACAUCUUUCCAUAAAUGCACCAUGACAGACCAUUUAUAAUGAUCUUUUUCCUGUGUGAAACAGCCUUCACAUGCUGUAAUGAUUUUCUUAAUUUGAUUGAGAGUAUAAAUAAUAAAUUGGUCCCAAUAAAUGUUAUGUUAGCCUGUUGGUGACUGUGAAUAUACGAAUGCCGGUGGAAAAUCUUUCCUGUUUUGUGUCUAAAAAGCUAUGUUUUGAUAAAUAAAAUGACUAAAGCACAUUA